UGCCCCCAAAGAACUGGGAGGCUAGGUCGUGGUCUGGAGAUGGUAGACGGCCAUCAGGAGCGCUCCACUCGACUGGGUUCGGCUCACUCGAUCGAGCUUGCUCUUGACUCGAUCGAGUUGUGCCUCGAGUUAGCCACUCUUCUUCCUAAAACCUGCUCCUGUGAGACUCAGCCAAGAAAAUCAUAA